GUUUUGAGUAAGAGGGGGUGGAAACUGCACCAGCACCGCCCUCUCGCAGGCCCUGCGGGCCCCUGCGGUCUGCCGGUCACAGUGGGUCCCACACUUCCUCACUUCCCUAAAUGGGCAACUUCAUAUUUAGAACCCCAGGUCUUCCCUGGCAGCCCCAAGUGGUACGUCCAGCAUAGGCCUGGGGCCCUAACCUCGGAUCCCUGCCCCCUGCUGGACUUGUGCCCGUCCCCACUGCUCGGAGCCAUGGCUCCCGCCUUGCUGCUGCUGCUGUGGCUCCAGGGCCCUGUCGCAGGUGCCCCUGUCGAGAGCGUGUACUCCAAAGUGCGGCACUUUGAAGGGGAGACUCUGUCUGUGCAGUGUUCCUACAAGAGCCGCAAAAACCACACAGAGGGUAAGGUUUGGUGCAAAAUCAGGAGGAAGAAGUGCGAGACUGUGUUCACCCGUGUUGGGGUGCAGGGGCCGCGCUAUUUGCUGCAGGACGAUACCCAGGCCAAGGUGGUCAGUAUCACCAUGGCAGCCCUGAGGCGCCAGGACUCGGGCCGGUACUGGUGCAUGCGCAACAGCUCUGGCAUCCUCUACCCUCUGAUGGGCUUCCUGCUGGAAGUGUCUCCAGCCUCCACAACCAAGAGAAACACUCCUCUUACGAAGCUGCCCACCAUCCUCCAGAGUGGAACUGUCGUCACAGCAGGCCCAGCCCUCACUUCAGGCCCUGAUGCCCCUUUCACCACCAGCACGACGGUGUUCACACCUGGACUCCUCACCUUGGCUAGAUUCUUGCCCUUCCCUGCCUCAGGGAGCAUCAGACUGACCUCUGUGACGGGCUACGGCUUCACUGGCACCAGCCCCUCCACCACAGGGCCCAGUAGGACCAUGGGGUCCCAGACAGUGACUGCGUCUCCCAGCAAUGCCGGAGCCUCUGCUGCUGGCCCAGCCUCCACUCCCACUAAGGCUGGGCACCUAUGCACCAUGGGAUCGCCCACCACGGGAAUGUGCCCCACUGGCAGGUCUCUCCUCAACCUAUUAUCCCCCAGCAGGCACCAGGACUUCUAUCCUGCUGUGCUCGUGGCGGUGCUGGCCUUGCUCCCAGUGCCUGUGAUGCUGAUCGUGGUCUAUGGGUUCUGGAAGAAGAGACACAUGGGAAGCUACAGCAUGUGCCGUGAUCCUGCCAGAUCCUGGAGGGACCCAUCCACAAGACCGGAGCCUCCGUGGAAGCCUGCUUGCGUCCCCAUGCCCUUGGGGGAAGAAAGAGUCCAGAAACAGCUCGUGUCCCAAGGGUCCCACCCUGGAAGAGAAGAAGGAACAGUGACUAAGAGUUGGGGGUCACCAAAGGUGUUGGGGAUCCCAGAGCUGCCCAAGCCCCCCACCCCCUGGGCCAAGUGUCCUCUACGGGGCCUCUGGAUGGGCCCUGAUCUGACUGUGGCUGCUUGUCCGUCGAGUCCUGGGAGCCAGCAGAGCCCACACUCCCGCUGCUGCUGCCUGCUGGCCGGCCCCUCCAGGGAAAGCUGUGACUGGGCAGCUGAGAACCCCUCACCCGCAGGACCAGCUUGUCCUUGCAUGCAGAGGCUGAUCAGGGCUCUCUCCCCCAGUUCCCACACCCAGGCUCCGGGUCUGAGCUCCUGAAGAGAACAGGGGGCCCUUGAGAGUCCAAUGGAGGGGAGGCCAUGGCUCAGAGAAGGGGGGGGUCACCUUCCCUCUGGGGACUCAUUGUCCCCUGGGAAGAGAGGACCCACUGGUGACACAGCAAAGACAACUCAGAGCUGACCAGAGCCUGGAGGACUGCCUGGGCCGGGAGGGGCAGGGAGGAUGGAGCUAAGGAGCCUGGGCCAGGGGCCCAAUGGCCAGGGGUGUCUGCCCCUGCCUCACUGGCUCGUGCCUCAGAGUUGGCUUCUUCUGCGGUGAAGGCUGAAGAAUAUGGACUGCAUUCCUUCCCUAGGGAGGGGUAUCCACCAGCCUGGAGCCACUGGAAUGAGAGACUGGGGGGAGAUGUGGCCUGUCCACCCUUGGCCUUGGGACACAGCCCUCCCAGGUGGGAGAUCAAAUGUCAUAGUCAGGGGAGUGACACAGCUGGGGCCUUGGUGGGCAGCCAGCUUGCAGGUGCCACUCCAGGAUGGAAGUGGGGAGGGAGGAAGGGGCAGGGGUCAAUCCUGGGGGACAGCAGGGAGGCAGCACCUCUUUCCCAUGUCCAGGAGAAGGCACUAGAGGGGAGACUCAGACUGAGGAACUGACAGACCUGGUGCCAGGACACACACACACACACACACACACAUGGUGAUAACCGUCCUCCUGAUCCUGGUGUGUAACUAGGACGGUGUUUAUUCUCCACCCUAAAACCACACGCUGACGGCCCUGCGCCGGCUGAAAGCGGGAUGUUGGUGGGUGCAGAGGCUCAGGACCGGGACCCAGGGAUGCCACCUGUCACUGUAGGACCCUGUGCAAGUCACUAACCGUAUUGGGCCUCAUUUUUCCUCUCUUGUGAAAGGGGACACUAAUUCCUACCUCUCAAGACUGUUUUCAGGAUAAAAUGAAUUAACACGAACCUCAUACACUGAGUAAAAGCCUCAUGCUGCUUGGUCCUCCA